UAUUAAUUAUAUGAAAUUUAAAAAUUUGAAUAGUUAUUUUGUAAAUCGCUGGAUUCUUCAAAAGAAAAAUCAUUGUCAUGCAUUUAAAAAUUAUACUUAUCAUUUGUUUAGUAUGUUUUUUUACUGGCACAAUGAGUAAGGGACUUACAGCAUGUCAAUUAUGGCACGUUAUAAAUAUUUCGUCAUGGUAUACUACUGCUAGUCCUGAAACAGUACAACUAAUUUUAAAUAUAUUUGAUAUCAAAGAGAACUACAAAGAUUAUAACAGACAAGAUCCAUUCCACGUAAGAGUCAACAAGAUUCUGAGUUUUUUAGUUGAAAUUGACAAGCGUGGCGAUUCCGAAGAGGUAGAGAAACUGAAUGAAAUUGACGUUGAAAAAAUCUCAAUUGAAUUCCUUAAGGUUGACAAUAAAGGAGAAGGUGUAAUCGAUAAGAGUCAAUGCCAUACAUUGAUUGAUUUGAUUGGCUACAAUAAUCUUAUUGGAAGCACUGAGACAUUGAAUAAAAUUGACGAUGAAAGUAGCAAUGAAGCUCUGCUUAAUUUUAAGAAAUAUAUUAAUAAUGACUCUACUUUGAUCUUCAAUUUAGCUGAAAUAUUAUUCAGAGUCUUAUUUCAAAGGACGCAAUUAAAAAAUACCGCUUUUGGAAAACUUGAAGAUGGUGUUUUUUACUGGAAUGCUAUGUAUCAAAAUAUCAAUUCAUCUUUAGACACUCACAAUAUUUAGCUAAAACUUGAAAUAUUCUAAAAUUAUCAAAUUUUUAAUAUCUAAAUUUACUCAUUUAUUGUAUUAAAUUAUAAUUAUUGCUUUAAGUUCUAAAUCUAAAUCUAGUUGUAUUUAUAUUGUGGACUCUGUGCUGCUCAUAGGCAACACCACUAUAAAAUUUCGAUUUUUCGAGAUUAUAUACGUGUAUUAAAUAACCAGCACUAUAAAUACAAGUAACUAAUUGUAGCGUUUAUGAUAUGCGAUAACUAUUAUAUGUAGUAUAUAUAUUAACACAUGUACUAAAUAUCACAUAUAUAUGAAUAAAGCAAGAAUCAUCUAAGGAAUGUUUCCCUUUUAGGGUAAUGAAAAUAACUAUUUAUCAACACAUGUUUCAAACCAGUCCCCUACAAUUCAUUAAUACGCCCACGCCAGGUUUUCUAUCACAAUUAACCAAACACAAAUAAUUAUCCAACAUCUUAGGAAUUUCAAUAGAGAUCGCUGGCUUACUUUAUCCGGCGUAUAAAAAGCCAUUUUUUUCUCGUAAAAGUGCUAUCGCUCUCGUGGCUCUGGGGGCUCUAUUAUCACACUCAUCCCUCUUUAGCGGUUGAUGGUCAAUAUUCUCUUACAUGG